CUCUGCAUGGAAGAAAGAGUUGAUGGGCUGCAGCUCCUUCAUUUUCAUUUGCUGACUUCAUAGCCCACCCUGAUGGAAUCCAAGGCAGCACUGGAACUCCCAGGAGGUCUCCCACUCCAGGACUGACCAGGUUGGGAGAGCUUCCGCAAGCUUCCACUCCACUCUUAUCUUCCUCACUGGCAGCUUGCCUUCCUUUGAAGAAUGUAUAAGGAGGCAGUCUUAAAUUUCCUUAUUUGAAACUGUCAACUGAUACCAUCUAUGUAAAGUGCAUUCUUGGACCUCCGCCAUUGUUGCCAACAUUGAGACACAACUUUUCCAGCAUGUACAGAGAUGUAAUCUUUCCAGCUUGAAGAGCCUCAACAAAGGUAAAUCUUUACCACAUGUUCUGAACUGAGCUACAGAGAACAUGGGGCCAAUGGGACGAGCAAAGACUGAAGGGAACCAGACAAGCCUCUCUGCCAUGGAGCUGUAUGCCAGAAUGAACUUGCUGGGCUUCACCGUCCCCUACAGUGAUCUCCCUGCUGACUCUGAACGAGGGCUGAAGGACAGCACCAAGAUGGUGGAGGUGCAGAUCAUCCUCAUCUGUGCCUACAGCACUAUUAUCUUGCUAGGGUUGUUGGGCAACACGCUGGUGAUUCAUGUAGUGAUCAAGUUCAAGAGUAUGCGCACUGUGACUAACUUCUUCAUUGCCAACUUGGCCGUGGCUGAUCUGCUGGUGAACACACUCUGUCUGCCUUUUACCUUAAUUUAUACCUUGCAGGGAGAGUGGAAGCUUGGUCCGGUCCUGUGUUACCUAGUGCCUUACGCUCAAGGUCUUGCCGUGCAGGUCUCUAUUGUUACUUUGACUGUGAUAGCCCUGGAUCGGCACCGGUGCAUUGUGUAUCACUUGGAGAGCAAAAUCUCUAAGCGGAUCAGCUUCCUCAUCAUUGGGGUGGUCUGGGCUGGCAGUGCCCUGUUGGCGAGUCCCUUGGCCAUCUUCCGGGAGUAUUUCUCCAUUGACAUCAGCCAGGAUGUCAAGAUGGUGGUCUGUGCAGAAAGCUGGCAGAGGGAAGGGAAAGUGAAUUAUGGCACCAUCUACAGUGUCUCGAUGCUCCUGAUCCAAUACGUCUUGCCUCUGGCGAUCAUCAGCUAUGCCUACAUCCGUAUUUGGAGUAAGCUAAAGAAUCAUGUCAGUCCCGGGUCAGGGAAUGACCACUACCAUCAGAGGCGUCAUAAGACCACCAAAAUGCUAGUCUGCGUGGUGCUGGUGUUUGCGCUCUGCUGGUUGCCUUUUCACAUCUUUCAGCUUGUCAGCGACAUUUACAGUAAAGUGUUGGAUCUUGCUGAGUACAAACUGAUCUAUACGCUCUUUCAUGUCAUCGCAAUGUGCUCAACUUUUGCCAAUCCCAUCCUCUAUGGCUGGAUGAACACCAACUACAGAACAGUUUUCCUGACAACUUUCCAGUGUGAACAGCGUCUGGAUUCUAUCCACCCCGAAGUAUCACCCGCACUUAAAGCCAAGAAAAAUCUGGAAGUGAAAGAGAAGCAUUUCAAUGGGUCCCCAUUCUCAGAGCCUACUAAUGUCUAAGAAAGCUGAACAAAGAGGGGGGCUGCAUAAGUGGAGGGAGAUGUGUUGUUGAUGUAUGUAGAUCAUAAACUUACAAGCUGGAGGAAGAGCUGAGAAAUUAUCUCUCCAUAUUUCCAAAAGAAGUGGCCAAUUGUCAUUAUAUAUAUGUUUCAAAGAAAUAUUAAGAGAUUUGGUUUAUGAUUACCUACAGUCAGCAUUAGAAGACUGUCAUCCUUUGGUACAGAACUUAAUGAAUCAGAGAAGCAAGGGUUUACCAUUUAAAAAAACAAACAAAACAGGUGGAGCGAAGGGAGGGACGCAGGCAUUCUUCUAAUGAAUACUGGAUGCUGGGGCAUAGUACAGUCAGGUAUCAAAGUGCCCUCUGGUGGCAAUGAUAGGAAUUGCUGUUGAAACUCAAGCACCAUAUCUUUCCUCACCCCUCACUCCAAGAAGAGGGCAUCCCCAAAGGCUGGACACUUUAUUUCUCUCCCCCCCCCCAAUUUAAACAAAGGCAGACUUCCUCCAGAAGCUACAGUUAAGGUCAGACUCACAAGCUAUUCAUGGUAAAAUACUGGAGGGCAAACUUCAGAGUUAGAGCUUGGACUGCUAUUUGUGCCACACUUGAAGGCUGUCUAAUUAAGGUGGUUUCCAGGCCGGCCUGUUUUGUGCACCUGCUCCUCAUAGCAGAACAGGCGAUGGUUUUGUUUGCAUCACAUCUCCCAGUUUCAUUUAAGGCUUCCUUUCUGGAAGGAGAAAACUGGGAGAAUUCUGCACAAAAGCUCAUACUUC